GAGUUACUGGUUCAUCUCCAGUUGCUGGGAAAAUAUAUUUCUGCAACAGCAGUCAUUGAUUAUCUUGCACAGCCAGAUGUACAGCAAUGUUUAAAGCUCACCAAAACCAUUUCAUUGGCAACUGCACAGCACUGGAUGGAAAAUUGUGGAUUUCGAUGGACCACAGCACAAAACAGGCAAUAUGUCAAUGACCACAAACAAGAGGACAUAGUUCGCUAUCAGCAAAAUCAAUUCCUGCCAGCAUGGUAUGAAUAUGAGGAAGGGCAGGAGAUUGGGCAAUGGACUGUUGUGUGGUUCCAUGACGAGUCUACCUUCUAUGCCAAUGAUUGGUGCAAAAAAUGUUGGGUUCACACAGAGGAAAAGGCAACCCCACAACCAAAGGGCAAGGGAUCUUCUCUUAUGGUUGCAGAUUUU